AACAACUGCACACUCUUCUACUAACUUCCACCAAGUCCUCCAGAUCCAAAUAUCCCGUACAGAGAUCACUGCAAUCAACUUCUUAUUGCGGAAACGCACUUUUAAAACUUGUGACAGAUUGUAGUUCCAAAGUUUUCGACAUUGUUGUGCAGCCGAAAUGUCAAUCAAACUAGCGACAGUGUUCCUGGUCUCUGUCUCCAUCUUCGCGUCCUUGUGCAGUGCCAAGCCUGCCCCAAGAGUCCCACCCAUCUGGAGCUGUGCCGGAGGCCAUGGCCUGCACCCUGACCCUGAUGACUGCGGCCGGUUUUACCAGUGCUCCCCGGGACAUCGACCCUUCCACAUGUCCUGUCCGGCCGGGCUGCACUUUGACCCGGACCUGCUAGUCUGCAACCGGCCUGGAUCCCUGGCGACGCCGUGUGUCUCCCAACUGGGACAGACUGACGCCAUCCAAUGUGGCAUCCCGGCUGUCCAGUCUAGAGUAUAUCAGAACCGGAUUGUGGGCGGACACGAGGUGGUCCCCGGCAGCCAGCCCUGGGCAGUAUCCUUCCAACACCCGCUCUACCCCCUGCCCAACUUUAACCUGUGUGGCGGUUCUCUCAUCGCUCCCAACCUGGUGCUCACUGCAGCUAACUGUUUCAGACCCCUUAGCAAACCGCAGACUGGUUGGGUGGCCAUUCUCGGCGAGCACAACUUGUACGAAGACGAGGGACGCGAGCAGCACAUCACAGUACAGGACAUCAUCGUUCACGAGGACUUUGCCUACGACAGGGUCACCAACGACAUUGCGCUGAUCCGGUUGUCACAGCCCGCUGACAUGAACGACUGGGUCUCCCCUAUCUGCCUACCAGAGGGAGGAGAGAAAGUUGAACAUAAUACAAUCUGCACUGCUGUUGGCUGGGGCUACACCAAACCACUGGCCUUUGAAGAAUUCCAAACCGGAGACCUCCAGUCUCCCAUCCUGCAGGAGAUAGUGCUUCCCGUGGUGUCCAACAUGAAAUGCAACACAAAACUGCCUGACUACGACAUCCAGCCAGAACAGAUGUGUGCAGGGUAUGAAGAGGGUGGCAUUGACACCUGUGUGGGUGACAGUGGUGGCCCCCUGGCAUGUAAAGACAGUAGCGGCAGAAUGACCAUCCAAGGCAUCACCAGUUUCGGGGACAAAGGCACAUGCGCCCAAACCGCCAAGCCGAGUGUCUACAGCAGGGUGUCUGCCUUCGUCUCCUGGAUACGGGAACACGUGACUGACCAGGAAUGGGCCACCAUUGGUUCAUAUGUGUGACAUCAUGAGAUUUAAAGGGCCUGCUCUCCCAACAACUAUGUGUAUUGUGCGAUGGAACCUUUAGAUCACUUCAAUAGAUGGCUUUAACCUCCUCCCUGUUAAAAACCUUUUAGCACUAAAUGUGUAUUGGUUACAGGAUUAGGUGGCAGUGAUAAGGCUUAGAGUUAAUUGUCAGGGCUUGGUGGGACU